CGGUGCGAUGGAAAAUGUGUCAAUGAGAAGGAGAGAUGCUUGGGAAAAGGAAUCCGAUUCCGAUCGACGACGCCGUGGCCUCCCCUGUCGAAUCCUGAUGGAUUGACGACUGGGGGGAGAAACGACCCGAACCGCUCGGAAGAAGAUGGAGAGCAUCAAAGACGCACCGAUGAUAAUUCAAACCAAUGUGUCCAGAGUCGCACCCGUAUAUCUGAUCCGACCAGGCGAGAAAGGAAGGUGGGCGAUGGUGGUUGAGGGAGUAGGGAGGGGUGGGCCGUGGGAGGUGAGUCGUUCUACCAAAGCGCUUGGGUAUGUCAGCGGUGGCAUCACGCAGAGCCGAAGCGAGUCAGGAGAACAAGAGGCCAGGAAGGGGGAGAGCAGGUGCCAGAUAGAAUCCAGAAGAUGCCGGGCGAUUGAGGGAAGCCUACCUGAUAGAGAUACACCAAAAAUCGAGGGAGGAUGGGGGGGAUGAAUGGGCGAGAACGAUCGGGUUGGGUCGAAGAGAGGUUGAGGGAGAGAGGAAGAGGAGUGGGCGCUGGAUGGAUGGAUGGAUGGAUGGAUGGUCUGGUUUCACCCAAAGCGAGCAGAGGUGGCCUGGGUCGGUGAC